ACUUCAAAACGCGAACUUAUUCGUGUACCACAUGAUUAUAGUAUUAUUUUAAAUAAACAAUAAUGUCUGUUGUUAAGAAAAAGAAGCAUGUGUCCAAAAAGAACAAGAAGGCUUGGCGGAAGCACUGUGAUAUUACUGACGUCGAGGCCUUUCUGGAAGACCAGCGACUAGAGGAAAGAUUAGGUAAAUUUGAAGUUAAACCUGAUGCAGAGUUGUUUGUAGUGGACACCGCAGGAGAUGAAGUGAAAGUAAAGGAAGAGAGGCCCCUCACAGCUAAAGCAAAGAAAAGAGCUAAGCUUGCAGAGACUCCUAAAUGUUAUGAAGUCCUUAUACCCUCUUCAAAGGUUCAAGAUCCCAAUGCAAAGCGUAAUCAUGUUAAUCCAACGGGUACAAAGCCAACAGCACUUAGCAAACUCAAAGAAAAGCGGCGCAUUGAGAAAGGGAUUUAUGAAAAGAAGGCAGAGCUGGCAAAAAAGAAUAGGAAGAUGGCAUUAAAUCAGAAAAGAAAAAUGAAAAGUACCCGGCAAAACUUUGGUUUAGAUCUCUGGGGCCAGGACUUACCCGAAGCUAAGGGCAUUCCAUCAACUCUGGUUGAUGACUUUGUGUCAACAGAGGCUCAGCUUCACAAUGUACUGCCAGAACGCAGGCUGCGACCUAAGCCUCCGCUGGCUAAAACUGUUGUCAACAGGAAGGCUGUUGAGCUGCCUCACCCGGGAGUCAGUUAUAAUCCUUCAUUCAAGGAGCACCAAGAGUUGCUGCAGCAGGUGGUGCAGCAUGAAGAGAAGAUCAUCAAGCGCGGGGAGCACCUGCAGCGCGUCACCACGGGCAUGUUCAGCAAGGUCACCGUGCAGGAGAAGGAGAACCAAUGGCGCGAAGAGAUGAAUCUAAACGAGCAGCCCCACAACCCAGCCGACGAGAGCGGCUCCGACUCCGAGUACCGCGCCGUCAACCCGCCCGUGCAGAACAAGAAGAAAGACCACAAGGCCAGGAGGAAGCAGAAGGAGAGGCUGCUCGAGAAGGAGCGGCUCAAGAGGGAGAAGAUUGAUAAGAAGAAGAUUACUGAUCUUUACAAACUACGCAAGCUCCAGUCGUCCAUAACCACAAAGGAGCAGACACAGGAGAAAGUUCGAGAACUGCGCUCGACGAAACGCGCGGAGAAAGCGGAGACGGCCCCGCCGGCACUGAACAAGAACAAGCCACCGCAGAAGGAACCCGACUUCGUUGACCCUGCUGAUCUGAGCGGGAACCUCACCAGACUGGCCCCUAGCACUAACCUUCUCCGCGAGCGCUUCGAAUCCCUGCAGCAUCGCGGCGCGCUGGCCGCCACCAAGCUGAUGAUGAAGAAGAAACGCAGGGUCAAGAGCUACUUCAAGCCUGGACACAAGGUCACCGAUAAGGAGAUCGAGCGGUAUAUUAAUAAGAAAGAUAUUAAGUAAGCGUUUGUAGAGACGGGGAAAAA